UCAGUAUUCAUAAUAGAAAGAAAGUAAAGACAAUAAUAUUUUAGCAAUAAUUUUACCUUUGGGUCAAUUAAAAGACAUUGCAAUAUUUACAUUUACAAUUUUUUGUUGACAGUUUUACCCAUUUGUCACCUAGGUGAACUGUAAUGCAGGACUUACACCUCGUGUCCGUACUGUCAAAUAUGCAGAAAUAUGCAUGAAAUGGAGACAACAAUGCCAAGUAAAUCAGUAUUGCCAGCCACAGACACUGACACUUGAAUACCAAAAAAAUACUGGCUGAAGAACGAACAGUGCAGAUCAUGAUCAGACUGCAUGGAAGGCAGAAUUAAUCAUGUCCAGGAUGAUGAGAAUCAGGAGCUGGAGGAGUUGGUUGAUGUUGAUAUAGAAGAGGGAGAGAUUGAUGGUCAUCAUGACCCUCAAAUGAUCAGUCAGAUCUUGUCCGAAGCUGAUCUGGACAUUAAUGAUACAACUAAUAGGCAGACCAUAUUGAUGAUCCAGAUGGGGGCUCAGAUAGUGCCGCAUACCCUGAUGAUAAUGGUAAUGAUGGAAAUGAUGAUGACGAUGAUGAUGAUGAUGAAGAAAAUGACAAUGAUGAUCAUGAUGAUGAUGAUAAUGAAGAUGAUUAGGGAUCAGAAUCUGGAAAGUGAUAGCUUUGACUUCCAGCCAGAGAGUGGUUCCUUUUGUCAGACAUUUAACAAUCAUUUUGUCGUCCAUGCUGGCGAGAUGUUUGGAGGCAUGACCCUGAAGUUGCUGGGCCCACAAACAUUGGCAGAAGAGCUACAGCAUACAAACAGUAUGAACACCAUGGCAGGCCCGCACACACAAGACAAGGGUGGUCCUCUCUAA